GGGCAUGAUGGGAGUGGUUUUACAACAGCUGGACGGCGACAGGGGUUGGGAAACAAUGACCUAACUGAGGCCGGUGACGUCAUUAAAGGUCCUUGAAUUAAAUCCUCUCUCAGUUUUGGUCCGGGCAGGGACUCGUAGUUGGUAAGCAGUUGCUAUGGCGCCGCUUUAAACUGCUGUGUAGAGGGAAAAUGGAAGACCGGAGCGAGACAUUUAGGGGACAUUGACCAUGUAUGACUGGAGGAGAUCUUAUUGUAGAUUUUGCGGCCAUGGCUCUGGAGCGUCAUCCACAGGUGCUUCCUGUGAAUUACAGCAAGGGGACACAGCUUCGAUUUAAUAUGGAUGUCCUAACACACCCGAUUAACCUGGCCGCCCAAUACACAAAUCCCUCUCCUAUUAUAAUAGAGAAGAUCUCAGCACAUCAGAAUAAAUCCAGUGACAUUAGAGCAGCUGAAGAUUUGCUCCGAAGUUCCUGUUCCUCUGUGUCAUUUAGUAUUGUCUCUGAGGAGCGGCUAAAUGUUGCUGUCCAACUUGCAAGGCGAGAUGUCAGGCGAAAGCAUUUCAGGGAGAAGAUCGAAUCCAACGCCCAUCCACAUCCCACAGGGGGGAAGGCAAACAGUCCUGACAGGGUUCAGAGAAAACCGCCAAGUAAAGAGCGGAAAGCUGGCAGUUCAGUAAAACCUGAAGUGACCAGGUCAGGGGCCAGAGUAUAUGUAUAUACCCCAGAUCAAAGUAGGAUAGACAUGGGCAUCUCGGAUUCACCGCCUACACGGGAUCCUGGUCCUGGAGAAAAUCCAGUAAAAGGAAUGGACCCUAGUGAGCUAGAGGUGAAGCGUCUACAGAAGGAGUUGCACAUGUACAUGCAGAAAAUUGAAGAACUUGCAAAAAAAGAUCGCCAUGGAGAUUUGUUAGACCCGUCAGAAGAAGUCAGGGGCCGCAUACGUCAGCAGGAACGGGCAGCCCGAUCAACCAGGAUGCUCUAUGUAUUGCGGCAACAGGUAAAAGAGAUCCAAGAGGAUUUAGGGAAACUAAGCCCUCAGAAAAUCAAACACACAAAGAAGUCCCGUGCCAUGUCUAGACUGGCAACUGUUCACCGUGGAGCCAUUCGUGCCCUGCAGUUGCUUGUUAAUCAGCUGAGUGAACGUGGCGAGCAGCAGAUUCCCUCUCUCUAUAGGGAGCUUGGACAUAUCAUUCGUCAAUUGUCCCUCUGCACUGCACAGCUUGAAACUGGAAGUGAUCCUGCUGCCUCCAAUCUGAUCAGCUCAAUUCUCCAACAAGUCCAGGACUUGGAUGUACUUCUAGAAGCUAAAAUGUCUUCAGUGGCAAGAAGGCCAUUACAAGAUACUUCUCCCAAUAGAACUCCUGUUGUAAAGGUUUCAAGGAAUACUGCAUCACCUCUUAGAGACAUUCGUAAUCCCCAACCGGUUCAAAAAGAAACAGCGCAUCGGGAGCUAAAUCAGAUUCAUGUAAACAGACGUCUUGUGAUUGAUGACCCUCCUGAAUCAAUGAAUAGUGGAGUCCAAAUGGAACCCAACCUACCACAACAGCCAUCUUCUCCAGAAAGGCGUUUAGCUCUAAGGUCAGGUCUAGAAGCGUUAAUUCAAGCUGGACGCCUGAAAGGGCUGAACAGAAAUCGGGUGGGACAGAGCAAGAGCAAAGGAGUGCUUAUUCCUCAGAGGCCAAAGGUCUUCCGGCAACAGCGUAAAAUAGACCCGUCCCAGCGGUCACAUUUUCAGGAGAAAACUGUGUCAUUCAGACUGAAGGAGAAUCAACCAGUUGUCAAAGAGAAGAAAACUCCUUGGGUACCACCCAAUCCAACAUCUCCUUCACCCUCCCCCAAAAGGGUAAGCUGGAACAUGGAAACCAAAAGUUUUAAUGUAUCUCCAUCUAAAAAAAUUGAUGAAAUUGAUUCUUCAAAGAGAAGCAAAGCUGAGAAAGAGGACAAAGAGAAUGAAGACUCCAGGUUGGCAUGGAUAGAGUCUGAAACAGCAAGAAGAUUGCAACAACUUGACAAUCUCUACAAGGAGGAAAUAGCCCAUUUACGGAAUCUUAGGGAGGAGGCCCAAGCUGAAAAAAGCUUACCUUAUGAACAUCAUCAUGAAAGCAAUAAUGUUACAAGACAACAGUGGGAGGAGAACAGGUUUCCAAGAAAAGAAAAAGAUGAGAAGCUGCAGGAACAGAGUCUGCUUAACAGGAAGGAAUAUUCACGCAGUUUUCAACAACAUGAUAGUGGAUUGGAGGCUAUGUUACAGAGAAUGGAGGACAUGGAGAAAUAUCAAGAAGGCGUCCGGCAAAGGUUUACUCAGAUAGUUUAUUCAGACCCGGAAUUCUGGGCACAAGAAGAGAAAGAGCGCACUCGUACAAUAAUAGAUGAGAGGCCUCUUUCUCCUCACCCUAUUAGAAUCACCAAACCUGUAGGACAACAGGAGCCAGUGGUGGACAUUGUGCUAGAGGAGCCCUUUGAAGGAGAUUCACUACAAAUACACAGAGAAGAGCUGGCUCGUUAUUCUUCUCACCACUUUGUCCAGCACCCUGUGGAGCACACUAAGGGACUCUGGCAUCUGUCUGUUCCCUCACAAAUGCUACGGAAUAUUUACGAUUACACAGAAAAUUUUGACCGACACCUUCGACUGACCUCGCAUGAGGAAGUGGGAGAUUUCAACCCAUGGCACAUCGCAGAGAGCCUGGCCGAGGAACUUAUAAAUGAUGCCUUAGGUGAGGUAGCGACCGAGCUACAAGACUUGUGUGAGGGAUAUGCAGAAGCUGUCUUCACUUCAGAGUUCAUGGAACCUACAGAAAACAAGUAGUCCUGCGCCAGCCUCUUUACUGCAAGUAAAACGUUCACUUUAAUGUAGAUGGUGCUCUGAACUUGCCUUCAAAGGAAAAAUGUUCCCCUGGAUCCCAUGUAGUGAUAGACUGGAUGAAAACUAUUGUAAGAAUUCUAUACAUUUUAUAAACAUGUUAGACUUGUCUUAGCCAUUAUCAAAGCUCUUACCAGUCCCUGAAGCAGUCAGUUGCUCAGUUCCUGUGUUCCUGUGACCAGCUCCUCAGGCAGACUGUUCCAUAAAUGCACUGAUCUUAUGGUAAAGAAGGCGUGUUGCCCCUGGAGACUAAAUCUUAUCUUCACAAGAAGGAGGAAGUGCCCCCUUGUCUUCUGAGGGGGAUAUACCUGGAACAGUUUUUUCCCAUAUUCAUAUACUCAAAUAAAUUGAUAUAAUCCCCCUUACUGUCUCUUCUCAAGAUUAAACAAAUGUAAUUCUAUAAAUCUUUCCAAAUAGCUAAUAUGCUCCAUGCCCCAUAUUAGUUUAGUUGUGCACCUUUGCACCUUUUAUUUUCUUUUAAAAUGUACCGGUCACCAAAUAAACCUUUUUUAAACAAGCUCAAGCUACCAUAUAUACUCUAGUAUAAGCCGACCCAAAUAUAAGCCGAGGCCCCUAAUUUUACCCCAAAAUCCCAGGAAAAAAAAAAAAAAAGUUAUUAACUCGAGUAUAAGCCUAGGGUGGGAAAUACUUCAUCCCCCCUGUCAUCAUCCAGACCCCCGUCAUCAUCCCCCCUUCAUCAUCACCACCUGUCAUCAUCCCACACCCCUCCUUCAUCAUCCCCUUGUCAUCAUCCCACACCCCCCCUUCAUCAUCCCCUUGUCAUCAUCCCACACCCCC